AUGUUUAUUUGGUUGAAGCUUUAUUCUCUGAGGGAUUAUUUUGACCUACCGUCUUCUUUGAAGCAGCUAGUUCCUGUUAUUUUAACUAAGAGCGCCGUGCAUCACAAUGAAAAUAUACGUGUAUUAUCGCUGAAUGGGAUUUCUAAAUUUUUAUGCAAACUGAUGCGUACAAAAAGUGAAGACAGUAUUAUUGAUGAGAGAUCCACCCAUGUCUUACCUCUUGAUUCACAAAUUCCACUAAUCCUUAUGGAUUUAUUUCUGAAUUGUUAUAGCACAUUCAACACCUGUUCAAAUCCAGCUCAUCGUAAACAGAUUCAACAAAUUUUCAUUAGUCUUUCGGAGUCUAUACGAAGGAUGUGUAAAUCUGUGCAUUUGAAUAGUGCAGAAGUAUCGGUAAUACUAGACAAAAAUAAUUUUAAGGAUGAUAAUCAUGACAGUGAUAUGUUAUUUUGUCUACCGGAUACUGAAAUCAGUUUACAAGUUCUUCAGCAUUUUUCUGAUUGUGAUACAAUGGAGAGUGGAGAUUUCGCAUGUCAUCCACCCAGUGCAGCGAUGGUACUCUAUUUGGCUAAAUUGAUACAGUUUAUCAGCUCAGUUUGCCGCUCUACUAUGAUCCACGCAAGAGCAAGUGGUCAAACGACUAGUCAGAGAAUAUAUACAAAUAUCAACACUUACUUUUGGCCAGGGAUAAGUUAUCAACGAGCAAAACUUCUGUUGGAUAUCAUUGAAUCUGCUCUAGGUGUUCUUGAUUUAGCACCAACUGGCCCGUGGAACAAGAAAUGCAGCAAAUGGAGAGCAGAAUUCGGAAAAGAUUCAUUGGUUAACUUACAGACGUUAAUUGAUAAUGUAUCAAUGCAUUUAAACUGGGAUUUUAAAUCCGUUGAUUCAUUGAGAAUUUUGUUCAAUGGAUUCCUUUAUCUGAGCCCAGAUCUGCAUUCACAGAUUUUAUCUAUCAUAUAUGACCAUUGGAUUGAAAGGAAAGAUGUUUUAACGGAAGUUCUAUACCCCACUAUAAUUGACUGGGCUUGUGUUUGGUGUGAUGCUCCAUGGUUUUCGGUUUACCCUGCUGGUGCCAACAUUUUAGCAUUUUGUUGUAUCAAUGGUUUAUGGAAUCGGUCUUAUUUCCGUUCAGAUAUACACACCUGGCUUUUGGACAAAUUGAAAAGGUUUUUGGAGCUAGAUGAAGGAAGAAGCAAUAAUUUUAGUGAUAAUUACGACUUAUCAUUGUUCAGUAAUAAACUGCUCCAUGUUGUUAAGUUCCAGUCCGGUCUAGGCUUCCUUCUAACAAUUGAUCAAAUUUUGUCGACUUGUCUAACCAGGUUGUCAAAAAAUCCAAAGAAUUACAAACCUAGCCAUUAG